AUGUCAUUUCGUACGAAUGUUUUUAACAAAAUUAUUUUCCUCUAGGGUGUGAAAAGACGAAAAAGUGCCAUUCUGUUUACAAGUAAAAGAUUUAAGAAUCGUAAUAAAUGUGUAAAGACACCCUCAAAAAUGGAAUACCCUCAAAUGAGAGAUUUUUCGGAAUUUUGUGAACAGUUAAACGAAAUGCGCCUUCGUUUUUAUAAGUGGGACAGUUGUGAAAGAACAGUAGCUCUUUACUAUUUAAUGGUUGGUCUACCAUUUGCAAACGCUCGAUUUUUACAACAUGCAUUGGAACAGUCAAUUGCUGCUGUAAAUACUCCUGAAGCACAGAUGAUGGAAAGAAAUGCAAAUGACCCUAUUUUUAUUUCUAAUCUACUUUCUGAACGACCACAGUUAGUGUUAUCAAUAUUGUUGUCACAUUUGCCUUUAUUAAGCCCCAAUAACAGGGAAGCUGCAGAGAGCUAUCUUGUCACAAUACAGAGAGUACUGUCUGAGUUUGUUGUCCAGCCUUAUAAAAUAUACAACGAAUGUGUAGAGAUAAUGUCUUAUGUUUUCGUACAUCCUGCAUUUAAUAAAGAAGAAAAGAAAUCUUUUAAGCAAGUAUUAAAACAGGUUAUGGAUCGAGUUUAUCCAAACAAUUUCAGUCAACCAGUAAACGAAUCUAGUGAUGAAUCCGUGUCUCCCAACCCUGAACCAGUGAAUUUCUUUACAUCCGUUGUAGACAAUCGACGUCUUAACCGUCGUAGUAAUAGUUUGACUCCAGUACAAACAAGUUCCCAUGAAAAUCUCUCUCAGGUUCCUGAAAAUAACUGGUCCUCACAAGAAAAUCUUUCUUUGCCUGUAUCAAAACCAAGAAGUUAUUCCUUAUCAAAUGACAAGACAACUUCCGUCUCUAUGAAUCCACCUAAUACUAUGACUUCCAGUAGUUCUGAAACUCGAUUGCAAGAUCUCCAAGCUAAUGGUAACAAUUUCCCACUUAUGAAAGGCAUCAUUUGCUGGUUGAAAUCGUUAAGACUGCACAAAUAUAGUUGGGUUUUUAACAACUUAACAUAUCAGCAAAUGAUGGAUCUGACAGAACAUGAUUUGGAAAAUUUGGGCAUUACCAAGGGAGCUAGACAUAAACUUUUAAUUAGUAUUGGGAAAUUAAAAGAACGAAGUCAGAACUUAACUGAACUAGAAGCAGAAAUUAUGAACGGUGGUGAUUUAAUUGUUGCGCUGAAAAAACUGAAGGGAAUUUUGCAGACACCUUUACAAGCUUCAUUUGGAGAAGAUCUUCCUACACAGUUCGUGAAAGUGAUGGGCAAAGUGUGCACCCAAAUAUUAAUGCUCCGCCAACCAACAGAGGAAUGCUUACUUCUUUUCUCAUCUUUAUGUGAAAGGGCGGAAAUGUCAGAUGCGUUCACCGGAGAGCAAAAGAGGCGUCUCGUGCUAUGGAGAGGACAAGUAGCAAGAGGUACCCAAGUUGUUGCCCAAACUCAUCCCCAACAGAGUACUCAUUGCAGUCAACACAAUAAGUACCAUGGUGUCCAUACACAAUAUCAUCCUAUAACCGGUUCGACAUUCCUUCAAUCAUAUAGCAAUCAGAAGAGUUCAUCUUAUCCCAACGUACAAAAUAAUCCCAAUAUUGCCGCUCAUCGACAUUCACUGGGCAGCGUUACCCUCCAAAAUCAGUUGUACAUUCUCAAUGGUCAGUUUCCUAUAACGCAUGGACAAACUAUCACGCAUACCGAUAAAUGCAGUACCAAACCUUACCAUGCUUUUAAUAACAAUAACAAUAGUAAUGCUGGUAAGGACAUGCAUGUUCAUUUUAAGGACAGCUCCGAUUCAGAAGAGUUUGAAAGAACUUCAGCACCUUCGGUUGUAGUUAAAAAAACCGAUAUUGAAAGUAGCCUCGAAUCGCUGUGCCUACAAAUGAUGGAACAUGCUCUUGGUCCGUAAGUAAAAAAAAAAAAAACAUUUUUAAACGCAGCCCCUCCAGUUGGACGUGGCGAAGUGCACUUAUCGUUAAUAUUUUUUUUUAUUACUAAUUCAUUUCUUAUCGUAUACCAUUUUUAUUUGUUAUAUUUGUUUUAUAUAAAAUUGGCUAACGACGAAAUAGUAAAAAACGCACCUAAAAGUAAAACUAAAAUGGCUGAACUCAUUUUAUUUUUUGAAGUGUAAAUAUUUAAGUUAAAAAUUAGUUAACAUUUAAUGAGACAAGCAUAUUAAAAGUAACUAUUAUGUGUAUAAAUUUCAAUGAGAAGUAACGGUCAUAAUAUUGAAAAAUUUUCGUGUGUAUUUAGUCGUUGGCCUUUAGAUGUUAAAGGUGUUGAUUAUUAAUGGCAAUUUAUUAUACAAUUAUGAAUAUUCAAUAGAAGUUUUAACACUUAUGAAAACAGGCAGUUAGGUUUUGACAUACUUAGUUUAUUUUUAAAUCAGCUCACGAAUAAUUUUUGUGAUAAUAAGUCAUGUUGUCUAUUGUCAUUAAUAAUUAAUCAUUAUCUAUUUCGAUUUCUCUUUAAAUCCGUUUGUAUUCGUUAGUAUAUGUAGCUGAUGGUUUAUUUUUAUUUAUGCAGCAUAAUGAAUGAAAAAACUUUUUAAAAUUUGCUGCUACCAUCAAAGAAAGGUGUAGUAUGAAAGUAAAAGUAGAUGAUUUGGUACACAGUGUUUGGUUAAAAAGGUAUAUGCUUGAAUAAUAGUAACAUGUUUGUAUCGCGAUUUUAACGUGUAAUGGAUGUUUCAAAUUUUCAGUGUUGCCCUUAAUUAACACAUUUUUCUUUUAAAUUUUUGCAGUUGACAUAUGUCUUUUUAUUUUAAGGUUUGUUUUAUCUUUUAUUUUCAAACAUGUAAAAACUAGGGAAUAUUGUAUUACGGUAAUAACAAAAUUAAUGGAUUACUUGUUUUAUUUUUAUAAACAAUGAUCUGUACAUAUGAAUGUAAUUUUUUUGUAAUUUUGCUAUUUCAUAUAUGUUGGAAUCUAUUUUUAUAUAUUUACCACCUCAAUCAGAUUUAAUAGGUACAAUGAGAAAUUUCAUUCUAAAUGGAUUCUUUCGAGUUUUUUAAUUUGUUUCCGAUAUUUUGUGAUUGUCUAAAUAAUUUUUUAAUUUUACGUUUAGUUUUACUUAUUCGCAAUUUAAUAUUAAAUUAUUAUUUGCUACAUCAAUGAUUAGCAAAAUAUUCAUAAAGAAUGCAGCAAUUUUGAAAUAAGAUAUUCAUAAUGUUUGAAAAUGAAGAUUGGUAAUAGGAUUAUUCGUUGUUCCUGGCUAGGCUUUAACGUGUUCUAUUAUUUUUUGCAACUAAAUUUUUGAUCCCACUAAUUUGGUGUAAGAAAUAUUGACUUCAAGCAUGUGUAACGACACACACAUUUUUAUAAUUUAAUGAAUUGUAGCUGACAUAAAUUAACUUUCAGUCUUUUUUCAAAUUCAUCGAUCAAUAUAUUUAUCGUUGUACUGUCGGACAAUGUAAGAUGUAUAUGUUUAUUAA